AUGGCCUCACGUACGGGCAAACGGCCGCUCGAGCCCCGCUCCCGCGGGGAUAGCCCUCCCAACAAACGGAAUCGCCCACAUGAACCACGCUCAGCGCUGACAGACAAGGCCCGUUCAUUCGCUAUUACGGCGUCAGCAUCAACGCCGUUGCCGCCGCGAGUGGCAAAGCCCGUCAUAAAGAUUCCCAGUCCCCCACCAUCUAGGAAGACCUCCUGUACUUCGCUGUCAACUAACACUCCAGCGGGUUCCAAAGGAACGCUUGAUCGUAAACCAGCCGAUUCCCUCUAUACGAAACGUCCUCAAGAGAAGCCUGGCCGAACCGACCAAGCAUCUAGGCAUGAUGCGCCCACCAGGUCUCCUACUUAUCUGGGCAGCGGACCACCUACCCCUACUCACCACAAUGCUCCUUCUGCCCCUUCCAUGUUGCCGGCCGAGUCAAGUUCACACGCAAAUCCCACGCCACGUCCAGACAAUCCUGCCAGCGACCGAACACCCAUUACUAUGCAAUCACUUCGCAAACUCCGAGACAAACGACUAGCUAUAGCAGCACAGGCCAGCCCAAGUGAAGUAUCUGCCCCACCAGCCAAUCAAGUAGAGGUCAAACUCGAAGCCCAGCAACUGGAAAUCAGACAACUGAAGAAAGUCCGAGACGAACUCAGCAGCAGACUAAAGAAUUUGGAGACUGUGUUCCAAAACUCCAACCGUUUGACAAACUUCACAGAACAACAAGAGUGGUCUUCAAAAGCUCUGCAACCCAUACUUACCCGCUUAGAUGUGCUUGAGAAAUCCUUGCUGCUUCCCAAAGACAAACCUUCCCAGAAAGAAAAAGAUGCACUUGUGCCUGUGGAAAAUCGACUAGCUGCAGUAGAGGUUGCACUAUCUAGUGUCCAAGAACGUCUAGAACAGAUAAAGCCCCCUUCAAGCCAAACUAAUGCAAGUCUGGCCGAGGCAGCAAACAACGCUGUAGCCAAGAUAAUGGCUUCAGAAAAUGAAUUGCCCACAUUCAUCAACAACAGGAUGAAGAAAUUAGUGGCGGAUCAAGUUAGCGAGAAUGCUGUAGACAUUAAGACUUCAAUACGUCGAGAAAUGGCUGAGAUGGAAGCACAGCUGGGCAAACGUAUCACAGAUGAGCACCAAUUACUUCAGAAUACUUUGGACAAGCUCAAGGAUGUAGACGACUUGGCAGCGACAGUAAGAAGCAUCCCUCAGCAACUACUCAUCAUCCGCAACUCCAUCUCUGGGAUCCAGUCAACCUCUGACAUGGCACGGUACAAAAUCAAAAAUAUUGAACAAGAUGUUCAGGUGUUCCAGCACCAUCCAAGGAUCAUCGAGGAUCUGAAAGCAGAACUGGAGAAGUGUUCACACUUUUGUAAAGGGCUAGCGAGAAGGGAUCUGCCACGUCUUGAAGACUUUGAGGAAAACACAAGCAGACGCUUGAAGAAGCUUGAGGAAAGCAUACUUGACCGUGCUAGACCUGACGAUACUGACGGAACAACCUUGUCAUGGUCAGCGAAGCAGCACACAGCCAUCAGACCAGUCGACGUUAGCAACCUUGCUACACGUAUAGACGAUCUUGAGAGAGCAUCACCAGGCAUCUCUUCUUCCAGCGUAAACUCUCUUGCACAAAACGUAGAGCAGCUCGCUAAAGACUUCCUGAGCUUUCAAAUUGCCCAGAAAGAGUCAAGAAGCCUGGAGACAAAACUAGUGGAUGUCAACAACAGGCUUGAAAGUGUUGAGCAAGUCUCACAGAAAUUUGAAGCCCUAAAAGAGCACAUCGUGCUAGAUGAGUCUCUUCAAGCUAGUCUCGCUGCACUGGAUCAACGCGUCUCGGAAGAACUUCGCGUUGUACGCGGAGAGUCGCGGGACUUAGAGACAAAGCUAGCGGACGUCAACAACCGACUUGAAGGUGUUGAGCAAGUCUCACAAGGAUUCGGGGCCCUGAAAGAACAUAUUGUGCUAGACGAACCUCUUAAGGCUAGUCUCGCCGGACUGGAUCAACGCAUUUCAGGAGAACUUCGCGCUGUACGGGAAGACUCCAAUGCCACACUCGCUGCCAUGGACCAACGCGUUUCGGAAAAACUCGAUGUUUCACGGGCAGAAGUGGAUGCUAAGCUCGCCGAAAUUCAGCUACUUCAGUCUAGCACUUUAUCAGGAGCUGUGCCUGCAAGAGCUGAGAAUGCCGAUUUGUCUGUAAUGGCUAUUACGAGAGCCCUCGAGGAUCAGGUCAAAACCCUACAGACUGAAGUCGACUCACUCUCUGACGAUUUCAAUGAAACCGGUCAAAAGCUCCACGAGCACUCUACUGCUAUUGCUGUUAUGAAGAAUCAAGUCCCUGAACUCUUCCAGCAGCAAUUCGAGCCGUUCAGGUCCAAGGUUGAAGAGCAGCUCGGGAUUGUCAAUGGAAAAUUGGGCGCACAUGCCAAUGACAUUGACAGUUUGAAGAACGUCAUGUCUUUACUCCAAACAAAGACCUUGUCCAAUACCCAAGCACUGGCAACGAAAGCGGACGCAGAUGCUGUGGGAACACGGACGGACAGCAUCAUGUUUGCAAUAAAAGACCUCGAGCAUCGAUACCAAAACAUUAGCACCGACGAAAUGUACCAGAAAAUGGUACACUGGUUUGUGCAGAUGUAUCCAACAAGUGCAACUUUGCUGAGAGACACAACACAACUUCAACAAGAUGUCAACCAGCUCAAAUCUUACUGCAACGACCUCUUAUGGGUUCGGAAACGAUCUGAAGUUUUGGUCGAUCUGUGCCAGAAUGCUGGGCAACUGCAGGCCCUUGCAAGAAGUGCCCCCCAGCUACAGGCCCUCUGUCGACAAAAUUCGCCGCAAGUUCAGGACAGGGUCCAGCAAGCACUAGUUGAAGUUGAACAGCGUCUUAAAAUCGACAUCGAUGAGCUAAAGAAGGUGAAGAACUCUCUUGAGCCUCAGAUGUCUCAAAUCGCCAUGCAGGUUGCUGACAUGAAAAUGUCGACGUACCAGCACCGGCGUGAUUUCGACACGAUCAAGGACACCCUGAUCGAACCUAAUAAAGACUUUUUUGGCCUAUUCGGUACAGCUCUUGCUGUCUUGGCCCAAGUCCAACAGGUUGUCGAGACCUUGAACAAAAGCAUACCCGGCUCCCAGCUGACGCUGGACUGGGAAUGCUACCUGCCAGCACUUGUUGAACAAUCAAAGACAAACACCAACUCUGGUAUUAGCGCGGAAAGGGGCAAUAGCAAUCGGUAG